AUUCGAGCGUGAUAAGAUAAGCGUGACAGCGGGACGCUCUCUUUUACAAGAGGUGCAUUGAAGCUGGCCGGCUUCAGCGAUGAAACUCGUCACAUUAGUCGCAGCAGUUCUGUGUUCUGGCGGCCCAGUGUUUUCUCGCAGUCUGAACCUUCCCGCCAUUUCUGACGCCGACAGGGCAUGCAAGGACGCUCUCAGACCCGAUAUCGUUGACAAUGACCCUACGUACAUCCUGAGCCCAAACUUCGAUGGCAUCAACAGAUAUCCUGCUGGCGCGUUGUGCAUGUGGACAUUGCGUACCCCACCAGGGAAGGUAAUCAAUUUGGCUUUCGAAGAGUUCUCGUUGCAAGACUCCCUGGAUUGCGUCCGUGACCGAGUGGCCCUGUACGCCGGUGAGUGGCGGCCACAGCCCCAGCAGCGGCAGCAGUUGGCAGAGAAGCAGCAAAAUGCGGUCGCGCUGGGCUCGGCAAUCGAGGAGCAGGGCUCCGCGAACCUCCUGGCUCGCUGGUGCGGACCCUGGUUGCCACGUGACUACGCGCUUCCGCCAAACACUGCGGCCACGCUCGUCUUUACCUCCGGCAGGCUGGGUACACCGGGACUAGGGUUCGUAGCACGCUACUACCUCACCGACGCUCCCGUGAAAGAGCACUGCAAGGAAGAGGAACUACGAUGCCGCAAUGGCCAAUGCGUGGACGAUCGCAAGAGGUGCGACAGGAAUGAUGACUGCGGUGACGGAACGGACGAGGAAAACUGCGGGCCCGAAGUCAAUGGCCUCGGGUCGGAAACCUGUGGCCGACCACUUGCAGAGCCCUUCCGCUUUCACGUCGACGAGGACGCGUACAUUGUCGGUGGGAGCAAGGCGAAACCCGAGACCUGGCCGUGGCAGGCGUCGCUCAAGCUGGCAGAGGACCCUGUGUAUGGACACAAGUGCGGCGCCACCCUCGUGGACAGGCAGUGGCUGGUAUCGGCGGCACAUUGUUUCCGCACGUGGGGAGAGCCAUCGGAUUGGGUCGUGUACGUUGGAAAGUACUACCUCUUUGAGGACGAAUCGACGCAGCAGCUGCGCUAUGUGGAGUCUAUCUUCAUUCACCCCGGCUACCAGAUGGCUGUUAAACCCGUGCUGGUCCAAAACCGCAAGGAUCACGACAUUGCGUUGAUCAAGCUGAACGCUCCGGUGACGCUCAAUGGACAGGUGCAGCCAAUCUGCUUGCAGGAGCUACCUGACCUCGCCGACAACACGACGUGCUACGUCACAGGGUGGGGUGCGACCCGCGAGGCCGAGAUGAGCCCCGUGCUGAAACAGGCCGCCGUGCUGGUGCUACCUUUGGACGAGUGUGCCAGCUACUACAAUGGUACUUGCGUCAUCAACCAGCUCAUGUACUGCGCGGGCUACGAGGACGGCCGACACGACUCAUGCCACGGUGACAGCGGAGGCCCCCUGGUGGUCAAACAGGGAGGCAGUUGGCAACUGGCCGGUGUCAUCUCGGGUGGACUCCGAUGCGGCGAGCCGCGUCACCCAGGCAUCUACACCAAAGUGACGCCGCACUACUCAUGGAUACGUGGCGUCAUGGCGGGAAACGUUACGCUUUCCUGACGUCACUGUCACCGGAAUGUUGAACGGCGCGAGACGGACAAGCGUUAAGACCGAGCAACGGAUCGUCCGUACGUUUGAUAACACAAACAUCGUACCCGUGAUUUACUUGUUAUACAAGAACAUAGACAGCACAAUAAAAAAAGGAAUAGCAAUGAGGGUAGCUUACACAGUUAUAUGUAAUAUAGUGACACCGUAGGUAAUACUUUUCCUGUAGAACGUGCGCUCGCGUUUCCUGCACUAGAGGUGCAGCUAGAAUUAGCACCUGUGCAUACGCAGAGAUACUCAGCAGACACAAUAUUAAUGAGAACUAACAGACAAUAAUGCCAAGAAAAGUAUAGGGGAUGUUAAUUGUAGUAAUUAUGAUAUAAAUAUGAAGAAAGUGAAGUGGACGAAAAGAUAACUUGCCGCCGGCAGGGACCGAACCUGCGACCUUCGAAUCACGCGUCCGAUGCUCUACCAGUGAGCUACGGUGGCAGUCAUCCUCUCGUCCACUUUAUGGGGUAUAUAUAUAUGUGUAUUUAAACCUAGGAGUGUUGGUCAGCGCCGAUCGCAGUCAUGGCGGCGAGUGUGGAACGCUCUUUUUGUGCCUGUUGGCGUCACGUAACACGUGAUAUUUUCACCGGCAGGCAGCUGACCAGUAAUCCCUCGCAUACUAUCUGAAGGCAUCAAGUCUGCCAGAUCGAGACCCUCGCUAUGAAUGAAGGAAAGAAGAUGACUUUUUAAGGGCUCGUUUUUCUUUGUUAGACACAAUAAUAAUGAGAAUUAACAGACAAUAAUGCCAAGGAGAGUCCCUGCUGGCGGCAAGUUAUCUUUUGGUCCACUUCACUUUCUCCAUAUUUAUAUCGUAAUUACUACAAUGAACCGUCUGAGGGUCAAAUUUUUUCGCGAAAUCCAGUCCAAAAAUGUAUAUUUUUUAUUGCUGAAAUAAAUUCUUCAGACAACUCUA